AUGGACACUCAGAUGCGCACUCAGAUGCACACUCGGAUGCGAACGCUGCGUGUCACGACUAUGCAGCCUUGGGGACGGCCCAGAAAAGAGCAGGAGCGUAAGAAACGCGAAGGACCGACUUUCAAAAUCGCCAACUACAAAAUUAUUGUUCAACCCCGACCAGAAAAGCACUGCAUACGCCACGAGCCGACGGGAAAUGCUCGUUCAGGUCCCAAGCACCCUAUAUACAAUGGGAACACUACCCAAGCAAUCACGAUCCCCACCGCGAAACUCAGUGCAACAUCGAGGCCACGAGCAGUUACAAAACAGUCCGAGGGUCACUUCGAGGGUCACUUCGAGGGUCACUUCGAGGCGGAAACGGUUCGACGUAACAACUGGAUCGUUACAUCCGUCUUGAAGGAUGCCUCUGCAACGCGUAAAUGCCAAAUGAACAGCAGUUUGAUACAGACUGCGAAGUUGCUGUUGCUGCCAAGCCCGAUGAGCGACAUGCAGUACAAGCACGGAGAGCGGCCCUAUAAAAGAAUCCCUGGAAGCUGGUGUGGGAUUCCGGGUUAUUACACCAAAACUGGCCGUGGUGUUCUGCGCGGCGAAGUCCUCGCACGUCGUCGGAACCUCUUUUUUCGAGACUUACGGCACAAAACAGAACGCCGUCUGAGUGCCACCCUCAGCGAAGCGGAGCGUCUUGGGUUUCCCCCGAUUAGAAACGAGCCGCCAAGUAACCAGGAAAGACGGCUCCCAAGUUUUGCGGGGCUUAUUAGUGGUAAGAGACCAAAUCAUUACUCGGGAAACUGUCAACAGACUCUUGGAUUGCCAGCGGAGUAA